UGUACAGUUCCGUCGAGAAGGCACAGUAUCGUCAUCUUCGCCAUGGUGGACGCGGCAGUUUUGUACGCUGUAGCGGCGGUUUUCGUCGCAGUUUUGCUUUUCCUGGCCGUCAAACUUAGAGGAGGGCAAGAAGAACAGCCUGCUGCUGAUGGCCAGCGGCGUGGUGCGCCGCGCCCCAGGACGGACGUGGAGAGGGCCGCGGGGGCUCCCCGCAGGGUGAGGGGCGCACGGCAGAGACUACAGGCCGCACGACGCAUGAACCAACAGGACAGCGAGGGGGAGAGUGACUCAGAUGAAGCCAGGCCAGAAAUUGACAUUCCUGAAGGCAUGAAGGUCGGAGCUAAGAAAAUGAGGAAACUCGAGAUGAAAGCAGAGAAGAAGGCAGCAAGAGAGGCUGCGGAACAGGAACGAGAAGAGAGGAAACAGCGUGAGAAGAUGUUGGAAGAAAAGAGGAAACAGGAGGAAGAAGAGGAGAAGCUGGAAGAGGAGAGAAGGGCUGAGGAAGAGAGAAAAGCUAAAGAAGAAGAGGCAGCUCGGCAACAUGAGGAGUAUCUGAUGUUAAAGGAAUCCUUUACUGUGGAGGAGGAGGGGCAUGAGGAGAUUCUGGAUGAAGAUGCUACUGAAAAUCUUUUGCAAGACUUCAUUGAUCACAUUAAGGCUGUGAAGGUGGUGCUUUUAGAGGACCUGGCAGCACAGUUCAACAUGAGGGCACAGGACUGCAUCCAGCGUGUACAGGACCUGCGCGAGCAGGGGCGUCUGACAGGAGUGAUCGACGACAGAGGCAAGUUUAUCUACAUCUCGCAGGCCGAGCUGGAGGCCGUGGCCAAGUUCAUCAAACAGCGGGGGAGGGUGUCCAUCACUGACCUGGUGGAGAGUAGUAACCAGCUCAUCAACCUCACUCCAGACACUGAACAGGUCAUCAGGGCGCAAGCUAGUUAAGAUCACCACAGACUGGUGAUACGGAAACCAACUUAUCUGCUUGAAUUUCUGUAAUUGACUUAUCAAUUCCUUGUUCAGUGUAGUUGUGAUUUACCAGGGAAUACACAUACUGGCACAUUGUAUAUGUAGGAAGAAGAAAGCAAGGGGCCAGAUACUGGUCUAUGAACAUACUGUAGGCAGGACAUACAUACAUGUGUACAAUACAUAGGUGUCCUAUUGAAGUGUGUGUCCUUGUGUUUCACAGGUACAGAAGGUAGAUAUGUUUCCUGUUGUCUCAUUUUUUAAUUAUCAGUGCUAAUGACCUUUGGUUAUAAAGGUAGUGCUGUUCAUUAUCCCCUCUUGAGGAACUGACUGACUACAGUCCAUUUAUUUUUUACUUUCAAUUUCAAAUGCAUUUUUGUUGAAUUUUGCUUGUGAUUUUUACAUUUGUAUAUGCACACAAGAAGGUUAAAUACUAUUUGAUUUUAAACCUCCUUGAUGCACACAUGUUGAAGAUACUGCUUGCCAUUACUGUUCAUAUUUUUCUGAGAACUGUAUCUACUGUAUGUAUUUAUUUGACCUUCUUCCUGCUGUCUAACCCCAUAACCAAUACUGAGUUGGUACCAAAUUCCAUGCUGGGGGAUAAACAAAAACUUCAUAUUGUCAUUUGCAGCUUUCUCUUAACUGGAUACUGUUAAUUUUUUUGACAAAUGCAAGCUGCUUUAUAAAGAUGUUGCCAUAAAUGGCAGAAAAU